AAAAUAAAUUCUAACCUAAAAAUUCGUGACUAGUGGUUAUCUGUCAAAAAAAAUGUAUUUUCGGAGCCCUAGGAGCCCCAUAAUUUGAGAAAUGAUCAUAGUUUACGGACUAGUUUGGUAUAACUUUCAUAUAAUAAUCGGUGAAAAAUGAGUACCAUCAUAUCCGACCAAAAUUCGAUGGAAAAAUGCCCUUCGAAAAUUGUAGAUGCCAAGGAACCCAAAGAGGGUAGUAAAAAUGGAUUGAUUAACGGUAUGGUGCACAAAAAGAAACACAUGAUGAAUACAAAUCUCAAAAGCGAUAUUGUAGAGUCUCACGCUGAAAUUAUUUCGGACUUGCAAAACUUAGAAAUUGUAGGCGAAAUCCAUGCUGAACCCUCGGAGGGAGAUCUUGUAAAUAAUGUAGUUAAAUCAAAAAAAAGGACUAAAAAGAAAAAGCACAUAACACAGCUAGAUGCUAAUGAAAAUUUAAAUGAACCUAAAAUAGAAGAAAACCAUAAUAAGUCUAAGAAUGACUCAUUUUCAGAUAAGCUAGGCACUGAUUCAAAUGCAAUUGUAGAAACUUCUGCUUCGUGUAGCAAAACUUCUUAUAGCAAUAGUGAUAUCGACUGUGAAGCUGUGUCGAGUGAUUUAAACAAUUUAGCGAUUAAAGAAGAAUCACCUGAAAGAGGGAAAAAGGAAAAAAUUGACUUUGUACCAUACGAAUCUGAACUACAAAUGCCAAUGAUUAUGAAGAUCAUUCAGAAGGAUUUAUCCGAACCCUAUUCUAUAUACACUUAUAGAUAUUUUAUUCAUAACUGGCCCAAGUUAUGUUUUUUGGCUAUGUACGAUGGUCAAUGUGUAGGAGCUAUUGUGUGCAAACUAGAUCUCCACAGAAAAGUGGUCAGAAGAGGCUACAUAGCGAUGCUGGCAGUUGAUCAGAAUUAUAGAAAACUAAGAAUCGGGUCCACUUUAGUUCAAAUGGCUAUUCAAGAAAUGACUAAUGGUGAUGCUGAUGAGGUUGUAUUAGAAACAGAAGUAACAAACAAACCAGCUCUUAAGCUUUAUGAAAAAUUAGGUUUUGUUAGGGAUAAAAGGCUGUUCCGUUAUUACCUCAAUGGAGUAGACGCGUUACGAUUGAAACUUUGGCUGAGAUAGGGCAGAAGUUUACCGAGACAGGAGAAUGAGGCUAGAAGCAAUGACUGGCUGAUUUGGGUUGGGUUUUUUCUUUUUUGUUUCGGCGUGUUCUCACUGAAAAACUGUUGGAAAUAUUUGGUUUUUAAGUUGUUUAUGGAGGAAGAAGAUAUUGUUUGAACUCAAAAUUCAAUGUUCGAGAUAACUAAUUUUUUUUUCAGUCCACCCACGGCUGUAUUGUAAAUAUAGUUUUACAGUUAUAACUACAUUUUUCAUUUACAUACAUAUUUCUAUUAUGAAUGAGAAAAUUUGAAAAUUUUGUAUUAGAAUUGUAAAAAACUCACAUGGUGGACUUUCAAAGGUUGAUUACCUCUAUUAAAAUCUCCAAUUAAAAAUUCUAAUGACAUUUGAAACAAGUUUUGUAAACAAAUGUUUUCACAUGAUUGUGAAAAAAUUGGUUUUCAAAUGUUGUUUUCAAUAUUCUCUUGACAACGUCUAAUUAGUGAUUGAUUUACUAAAUUUUUGGAAAAAAUCUCAACCAGAAGUCAGCAAUUAUAAGCGGGUUUGUGUGUUAGUGAGGAUAAUGAUAAAAUUUGAUUUUGUAUUGUUGAAUUUAACCUUUUUCAAGCUUUUUUUCACUGUACUGUCAUGCAAUGACAAUGUUUUAUUUUAUUAUAAUUUUUAUCAAACUAUAAUGUAUAUGUGGAGUAGAAGAUUAAGGAAGUCCUAUAAUCCUGCUAUUCCACACCUACAUUAUUUCCAAUUAAUAAAAACUACAUUCAGUAAGCUUGUGAUUUUCUUAAUUAUUGCAAAAUUAUAUUGUUUAUCCUAAAAUGGUUAUUUAUUAUAUUUUGUUAAUUGUUUCAUGAUUUUUGUUGUAAUUUAAAUUAUUAAGUAUUUUUUUUGUAUGAGGGUGUAGUAGUACGAUUAUACAUUGGCAUAUGUGGUUUUACUUUAUAGUCAUGAAAUGCAGUGAAUCUUUAUAUCCCUAUAUUUUUGUGUUCAAAACUGCCUAUUAUUUAUUUUACAAAACUUUUCUGGAACAAAUUGUAUAAGUGGGAGGUUACAAAAUUUGUACUUGACCGCAAACUAAAGGGAUCAGAAGAUGGAACAAGAUAAUAUUUUUUGUUGUGUUGUAACCAUUCAUAAAUGUUUUCAAGGCAAUUUUUUGUGAUUUUUUUACAAAAUAUAUUUGUGUCGAAGUGCAUGUUCUGAUUCCUAUAUAAUUUGUAACUUAACUAUUAACAUUAUAACACUAAUAUUAAGACUAAUUGUGUGCUUAACUGUUACUUUAUUAUUUAUUAGAGUGAAAUUUAAAAGAAGGCUGCUUUUAAGACUGUAGCUUUUGGAAAAAUAUCUUGUGUUCCUUAAAAAACCUUUCGAACAAGGGCACUUUUUUAAAAGCCUGGCUUUCUUCACUAUUAUUGAAACCCCUUCUUGGAAAUCUAAGUAGAUAUUUGUUCAUAAUAACAAUUAAUAUUAUUGUAUAUUUCUGUAUAUAGGGCUCUUUUUAAUGUUUCAAUUUUUAGGGAUGUAAUAAACUGGAAUAUACCAAAUUUAUUAUUUAGGA